CCACUUGCUUCGAUCAUGUUUGCGUCUCGAGUGCUGCGGAUGGCAGUGACCAAGACCUCGACGGGUCUCGUGGGUCUAAAGGUCAACCCGAACGCUCGCCAGGACCUCAUCAAAAUUUACCGCCGGACGCUCGAGGAGGUCAAGGUGCUGCCGCCUGAGGCCAAGAACUACCGCAACGCUGUGGAACAGAUCACCAACUUCCGUUUGAGCGUGGUAGAGGAGAACGAAGAGGAGGACGUCAUUGAGCGCAAGAUCAACUGCGGCCAGCUGGAAGAGUUGAUUGAGCAGGCCGAGGACGAGCUGACCGUCAUUCCCGUGUACCUUGAGCACAAGCUAUGGGAAAGCCCCGUUGAGGCCGACAAGUAAGCCCCGUCUCGGGACGAGUACUCGUAGUAUGGAGAAAGAUGAGCCACCAGUUAAAUACACAGCAUUCUACAUAG